AUGGCCGUUCCAUCCAAGCCCUUGACCAAGGAGACAGCCAAUCCUAAUGCUGCGACGGCCGCUGCCUCGGCCUUUAUGCGACGCGAGCCAUCCGUAUCCCUUUCAUCCGCUGCUGCCGCUGCCGCCCUCAAAGCUCGACCAGCAACACCCACCAAUGUAUCUCAGGUUCAGUCGAAGCGCGCUAUGCGCAGGAGCGCAUCAGUUUCAUCCACCGGGAGUCGGGAUAGGGGGAGACGGGAACUCCAGAGGACCCCAAGUCAAAGUUCCAUGACUGAACGCACCUUUCGAUCACCAUCGCCGUCGCCCGCGCGCGGCGCUCCUCCCAACACCCACGACGUACCUCCCGUACCCAAGAUCCCGAACCAUGAGCAUCUCAAGACUGAGUCGAAGCCCACAACUCACAAGCGAGCCAUGAGCUUGCAGGUCCAGCCCUUUCAGACGGCCAGUCAGAAGAUGAAGGAUGGACAAGGUUCAUGGUUUGGGGCACCAACAUCUGGAGACAUGUCCAAUGUGCGCCGGGCAGCUGUCGCUGAUAAGAGGGCAUCUGUCGAUUUGCGACCCAGCAGUCCGAGUUCUAUCAACUUCUCUUAUCCCCGUUCCAUGCUGGAGCCCUCGGCUGCAUCUGACAAUGCCAUGGUAUAUGAUCCCAACUCGAGGAGGAUGGUCCCCCGAGCAGAACUCCUCCUAGUGGAACAGCGCGUCAGGAAUGCAUCCGAGAAACCAGCCCGACGGCAUAAACACGAGGGAUCAAGAAGCGGUACUCACCUGUCCAAGGGAACUGUCGGAAGGAUAAAAGGAACCGCUGUCGAACCCGCUGCCCCGCCGCCUACUGUCACCAAGACUACACAAACCCCUACGGACAUUUACUCUACGGUUACGCAAGAACAGACCCCAGAGCCGAAGCAAGCCCCACAGCCGCAACCAGAGCCAGAACCCGAGUCUGAGUCCGAACUCGAAUCCGACCUCGAGUCCGAACCGGAGGUGAAGGCCGAAACUAAAUCGGAUUUGUCGAGACAACAAACCCUUGUCGAAUCAGAGUCGGAGUUGGAAUCGGAUGUUGAGGAACCAGUCGAACCCAAGUCUAUCAGGGCGGAGCGGAUUGAAUCAAGUCCGGCCGCCGUGGUUUUACCCGAGGCAUCGGUCAGAAAACGACCUUCUGUGGUUCACGAGGUUUCUGACGAAGAGGAAGAACCCGAGCCUCAACCUCAACCACAACCUCAGUCUGCAAAACAACCCACCCCGCAACAUCGUCCAACAGAUAUUAUCGAUGCAGUACCGGUCAAGUCCUCCCAGCCGUCUCAGCUCGAGCCUAGUAAGAAGGAACAACAGGAGCAAGUCCAGCCGGCCAGUAUCCCAGCUCCGAUUGAAAAGCCGAAUGGAAGCAUUCGUCGGACGCGAGUGCACUCAGAGAGCCCUGCACGCAGCCCUGGCCGGACUACGCACUUUGCGCCAACGACCGAUCAAUUACUCGUUAGACACGAACCCCCUCCCCGAUCUGUGUCGCCUCGGAAGUCUGCACUCAAGCAUUCAAGUCCAACGAGAGAUGCCUCCCCUUCAGAGGACGGCUCAGAAGCCUCAAAUGCUCUCUCGGGCUUAGUCAACCAAGACGAUGGACUUUCCCGAAGGAGGAGCGUCAGGGUAAGCUUUGACGAUCAGAAUACGAUGGUAGUGGGAGAGUCUGCAGAACCCUCUGAACCUGAGCCAUCCCAAAUACCCAGCCCUCAGGCAAAGAAACCCUGGCACAACAUCAUUGGAAGAUAUAAGCGAGACUCGAUUUCUUUGGAUGACGAUGAAAAGAUGACUCCCAGACCGGCGCUGCCCUCGUUUGGUAGCAUUCGCGAAAAGAAGGCGAGAGAGCCAGAAGAGCGACCUCUAGUCCGUCCCCUGGAAAGAUCACUCUCUCCGCCAGUGGCUUCGCCUUACUCUCCGGCCAACAAUCGACCUAUAGAGCUGGAACAGUCGAGUGAUCAUGCUAUCGGGUCAGUUCUAGCGCGCGAACAGUCUUCUCGGAACGAAGCCAACAUUUCCAAAUACAGGGAGCCAUUACCUCCGGUAGUGACAUCUGUCGAGAGCAGCGGAUACAUCAGCAACAGCGACUUGAGCUCUGAUGAUGAAUCUGAACCCGAGACGCACACUCAAGCGAAGCCUUCUAGCGAGCCCGUUCCCGAGAUACAAACAACUGCCAAAGGUGUUUCGAAACAGCCUGAUGUCGACUCCGAUGACAACUCAACACCCAGUGACUACGUGCCGACGAUAUCGAUUACGCAACCCAGUCCUCGCAUUCCAGACGAAAGCCGACAAGACUCACCACAAGACUUUUUCGACGUCCCAGGCGGAUUUCCUGAUGAAGUCAAAGGUGGAUCAGGUGGUUUGGAAAUAUCCGAUGCCAUCGAGAAUGCUUCUUCAGCCACCAAACCCACCAAAACAGUUGUCAAGCCAGCACCGAUUACGCCUCAACGGUCAUUUGAGUCGACCACGAUGUCUCCUCCCAGUCCCCAGAUGCACGACAUUCAGGAAGAGUCGGAAGAAUCAGAUGGGAGCAGCAUCUAUAGCGACGCAUAUGAAGAUCUCUCUGAUAUGGAGGGUGAUGGCUUCAUGUCCCUGAAUGCUGUUGUCGAAAGCCCCAUCGAGCCGACGCUCCCUAAAAAGGUAUUUGAGAAGGCCAUUGCGAAAUCCAAGGAGGCCGAUGCCUCUCUGGAAGCCACGACGAAGAAGGAUGCAACGCAGAAGCCCUUGGAGACGCCCAAUGACUGGGAGAAUGCCAAGGCCUACUGGAGGAGCCUGAGUGCCAGCGAGAGACGCCAGCUUGAAAAGGAGGCUAUGGAAGAUUCCGAUGAGGAGGCCGCUCCUGUAGAGGUGGUACAGCCCGUGAAGCCGAAGCAGAAGAAGCAAAAGAAGCAAAAGGCAGUGGAGAAGCCACAGGAAUCACCCACAAAAACCUCAUCAUCAGAACAUCGAGAUCCGAAUCGAGUCUACCAGAUCUCACCUGGCACCACCUGGCCCCGUGACGAGGUUGAGGAGCCUCGAGUCAAGGCCGAGGCAAAGGAAGCAUCCAAGCCAGCAGGAGGAUCAAAGCUUCGAAAGUCUAUGAGAGGCCAUGAAGCUGCAGUGAUUGAGCAGUCAUCACCGCCGCACAGUACCAGCAUGCGCAAAUCUAUGAGAUCUGGCACUGCCUCUACACCAAGCCCUCAGGAAGGCCACUUUCGCAAGUCUCUUCGCCCAGAACCAGAGGCUACCGCAGCCGCUGGUACUGGCAUGAGAAAGUCGCUCCGAGCCAAUGGUUCCCCUGCCAGCGUACAAAAGUCUUCCCCUGCUCUGAGAAAAGACUCUCGACCUGCCUCUUAUCAGCCGGCAGCCACGACAGAGCCAGUCCAGACACAUCGCCGACACCACUCGGAGGAGAGAGUUCCUAUCACGAAGCCAAGCUUGAGACGACGGGGCUCUGACUCUAGCGAGAGCAGCUUUCGACGUGCUCGGGUUGGAGGUGGGGAAGGCAUGGGCUUUCGCAGAACCAUGAGAGGAAGCCUACGAGAGACACCAGCCCCUGCGUCCGAUGGCGGCAGGGGUAGUGGUCGAUUCAGUCUGCGGUCCUUGUCACCGGCUGGAUCAGCUUUCCGUCGCAACUCUAACACGAGUUCUCCGCCUCCCAUGGUCAUGGGCGGCCGUAUGCGUCACUCAUUGCGCGGUGACUCCAGCGACGCCAGCUCAUCUCGCAUGCGUGUGUCGGGCUUCGGCCGCAAGGGCAAGAAGGCUCGGGGCGGUAGCCGUUUCGAUGACUCGAGCGACGAAGACGAUGCGCGUCCAGCCUUCAGCAGUCGCUUUGUGGACUCGAGUGAGGAUGAGGGUACUCCCACGCCGCGGCCGAAGCAGAAGCGAGCUCCUAGAACGAUGCGUAACCAGGCCUCAAGCAAUGCAGCUGCAGUCGCCAUGGGAGUGACUCCCUCUCACGUGGAAGACGAGGAUUCGCCUGACCUUCCAGAUAGUGAUGACGAGCCAGAGCAGCCCCAACCAACCGUAACCUCCAACGGGACCACAAGUAUGAGUCCUCGUACGGCUUCCACGCUGAAGCGGAGUGGUUCUGGACGAGAGAGCCUGGGGGCCUUGCCUCCUGUGCAGACCGCCGGUGAUGUUUCCAUGGGCCCUCGACCAAGCCACAAGCGCCGAGGCAGCUUCAUGUCAUCGAUCCUCCGGCGCAAGAAGGAUCCUUCUGACAAGAUCUCCCGCAACCUCAGCGAGAGUGCUUCACGGAGAGACACUCGUCUAGAGCGCAGCACUGAAGAGCUCGCCGUCAUCCGUAGCAACAGCGGCAGCCACCCACACAACGCGCGCCUCCAGAAGCGUGGAGCCAACUGGCCGCUCCAGGACGGCCACCACACCCAUGAGGAGGAAGACCGUUUCGACGAUGGCUCUCAAAACACUUACGUCGUCGACGAGGAGAGACGGCCGUCCACCGCCGGCGGGCCCGGCCCAUCCCCGACCUCUCCAACCGUCAAGACAGGCUUCCUCAAGCGCCGCAGCACCUCUCACAGCGCUAUUGGCGCUACCCAUAAUGCUCCCCCGGCCUCUGUCGACGGGCAAAGCCACGGCAUCCCCGAAGGCUCAGAGACUGGGACCCCGAGGAAGAAGAAGUUUGGCACCCUACGCAAGAUGUUUAGGCUGGACGACUAA